AUGUCCACUGAACAACACAUUGAUGCCGCGAGUGAGGCGUGCUGUGUCGGCGGUUUGUACAACAUUGGAGUUGGAGAGCUUAGUGCUUUGAAUGGUGUUGCCACACCCUUGGCGAUGGAGUGUCGCCCCGUUUAUCUCAUGCUUCCAACGAACCUUGUUCUGGUAGAAAUUUCUGUCGAGCGCCUUAAGGUCCCUCUUCCGCCAUCUGUUCAUCCAUUUCAGGUUCCCUCGUCUGACCUUCCCGCUGACCUUCAACCCGUGAAGAAACUCUCCGCGAAAGAAGAGGAAGUGACGCAUGCGCAAUAUGCUGCUGUGCACGCUAUCACAUCACUAUUCGCUCAGGCAAAGAACCCCAUUAUUCUGUUGGAUGCCCUCGCAGAAAGGUUGGGUGCUGAGGAACUCGCAGUGGAGCUGGCGGAGAAGACGGGAAUGAAGGCGUAUGCACAGUCCGAUGGUGGCAUUUAUGCGGGAAGCGCGACUAUUCCCUCAGUUGCGGCGCAAGUUGAAGCGGAUGAGCUUGUCUUUGACGUUGACCCAUUGAAGAGCGAUUUUAAUACUGGUAGCUUCUCGUAUGGAAUCAAGUGCGACGAAAUCCGAAUCGACCACACAGUUGUCGGUGACGCUGAUAUUUCGUACAUGUCCACACGUUAG